AUGACACAGUAUAAUUUCAUUAUAGAUGCUUCGGCUUUUGAAAAGGGUUUAGGUAACAUCAAGAGGUGGUGUUCUGACUGUACUGAGGCUGUGACUUUGAACUUUUACAUUCCAACCUUUACAUUAAAUGAAUUGGACUUUCUUCAACAAAGACGUAAAAGUUUCGCAGCUCGGGAAUCCUUGAAGUUUAUUGAUAGAUUAGAUGAUUCCAAAUAUGCUAAUUUGAAAGUUUUUAUUGAAUUUCCGGAAAUUUUAGACAUUAUUUUAUGGUCAGAUGUUAUGGAACAUAAUGAUAGUUCUGGGAAGAUAAAUGUUGCAAAAUUGCCCAAAAGAUUAAAAAAUUUGCUGAAAAGUUGCAUUUAUAAAUGCUAUUUGGAAGGGAACGAGGGGCUACAUUGGUUUUUAAUUAGUGAAGAUCCUCAAAUUCGGGAAAUGGCAAUGCAGUGUAACAUUCCUUCUUGUUCGAUUGUUGACGUAGAUUCAAUCUUAUCCAAGGACAUGAAUGAUAAAUCUUUCAGAGAGAGUGAAAGGUUUAAUAAUAUGAUGCUUAAAAAUGGCACUAAGGAAGAAAGCGAAAACGGUAGAGAAAUUAUCAAAACUAAUUUUAAUAAAACGGUUUAUGCUUCUAGAGGUACAGGCGAACUGUGGUCUCCAUAA